AUGAACCUGAGAGAUGUCUUCUGCCCUGAGAGACACUACUUCCAUUUGAGCAGUGAACUUCCUGACGGUGAUAUCUACCUCUAUAAUAAGCCUGGGGGCCAGGGGACAGGAGGAAAAGGUAUUGCUUGCAUCGCCCUGUCAUUUGUGGAUGCCCAAGGCUGCCCCCUUCAGGUCCUCACCCAAAAAGGCACCACACCUCAGAGCCAGGACACUUGCACCGUCCCCCUCCAACUACACCGGUUUGAUGAGCUUACGACUGUUGUCAAAGUGGACCCCACCAACCUAAACACAGGGCCGCAGAUGCGUGUCCGUUUUGAAGUCUGGGAGCAAGGCAACAUCAGCCCCCUGCAGCUCAGCGACAAGCUCUGCGGCGCUCUGCGACACGCCCUCUGUGAUGUCAUCAUGGAGCUGAGGGUCUUGCCCAAUCCUCUCUGCGUGGGAGUGUUCUGCACGCCAACAAAAGGUCAAAAAGAAGACACUAAAGGACCGCUGAGUCCUUCGGCUGAAGUAAAGGAUGUAAAGGAUAGUCCUAGGCAGCAUAGUGGCUCUCGGAUGUUAAAACCCAGCCCCUCUCCCAUCACCUUAAUCCAAGUUCCCGGGACCACCCCCACAACAGGGUCCAGCACUCCAGAAUCCACCACACCCACUGGCAGAAGCACCCGCCGCAGCUUCUGGGAGAUAUUGAGCAAACCUGAUUCAUCGGAACUGGGCAGCCCGAAGACCACUGAUGACAUCGUCCAGGAGAAAGGGGAGGAGGGUCGAGCUGCACGCAGGAGGCACAAAACCGAGAACGUCAAGCAGCAGUGGAGCCAGGAAAGAGCUGUGGCUGUGGAACUAGAACAGGCCCAAAGGAGGCAGGCGUCUCAGCUGGAGGAAGGGGACGUUGGCACUCUGCACCCUGUCUACCACAUCACCUGCCAGCCAUGGAUCACUUUCAUGGCCAAACUGGGUUGCCCCUCCAUCCAGCAGUGCACGGCUGAGAUAGCCUCACUGUUCCUCUUGCCUUCUAUCUUGACAGAGAUGGUCAACCUGGUCAGUUCUCUGGCCAGUGACACUACAGUGAAGGUGUUUGAAAAAACAAGUUUUCCUCAAACUGUAGAAACCUUUGUUCCGUUGCCUCUUGUCCAACACCUCAGCCAACCUCCUGCCACUACAAGGAGCUUCAUCCUCAUCGGGCGGAACUUCUGCCAGUGGCACUGCAGCACAGAGCAAGCUCAUAAGGGCUUCCAGCGAUUUGAGGCUCUUGAGCAGAGUGACUGGCUCAGCCCCGGGCAGGCCUGGGGGGGACUGGCCCCGCGCCAGAGAUUCCUGCUUAUCGCCAUCGUAGAAAAAAAGGUAACCCUGUACAGCUAUAACUGGUCGGUGGACCUAGGGACGACGCUGAACCGUGAGCUGGUCCGACUCAUCAAGUGGCAAAAUGCACGGGCUCAUGUCGUCCACUGCCUGCUCAACCAGAAGAUGGGUCUCUUUCACCAUUACUGCUUCUCGGACAUCCCUGCCCACGAUGACUCAAAACGGGAGCCCAACCCAUUCCUGAACUCCACCAUGGAGCCCGACGGCCUGCUGCGGAGCCCCGUUCCUCCGGUGCCCAGUAAAGACCCGGGGAAGCUGUGCAGCUCGGUGCGCAGCCUGGCCCCCCUGCACUUCCCCUCAGAGCUGCUGCCCUUCGACGAGGCUCUGAGGGACAUGAACGCCGUCCGCCCCCUUGCCGGAGCGCAGGAUGGAGCCGACGUGGUGGCCCGGCACGGGGCCCAGCUGCUGGAGGUUAAGGCUGCUGAGCGGAGAGAGAUGGAGAGACAGAUGAAGAUCGAGAACUUGUUCGUCACUUGGCAGCAGAGGUCAGCCCAGUCCAACAUGCCCAUCUCAGUGGCAGACUUGGACACCCUGAAGCAGUGCUCUAGACUGGUGCACUACUGUGCCACCCCUCUUCUCUUUGACCCCAUCUUCCGCAAGCACAUUCAAGAAGAACAUCUCAUCCAGCCCCCAUUGAAGAAGCGGCACCGCUCCAGUGACUCCACAGCUUCUGGGCGGGACCGCAGCCACAGCACCGACUCGGCUGACAUUUUGCCCGGCCGCCUGAAGGAAGAGCCCUGGCUCCUGGAAAUCUCCAACACCUUCCUCCAGCAGUAUGUCCAGUACCUUCAGAGCAUGGGCUUCAUUCUGGUCCAAGUCCGGCCUCAGUCCCCCACCCGCAGCAUCGCUCGGGCCCGUGCUGCCAUGCUGAGCUCCAUGUCAUCAGAAGGGAGGAUGUCCUUCUCCUACGUCAAGCAGAAGAGCGAGGACAGCCCCAAGCAGACUACAGGCUCUGGCACCACAGCGUACCACCUCCAGAGGGCGCUGCCAGGUGGGAUCGUGCUGAUGGAGCUGGCUUUUCAGGGCUCUUACUUCUGUGUGAAACAGUACGCACUUGAGUGCUCCCGCAUCCCUAUGGGCCAGACGGUCAAUUCCCAGCUUUCCAUGCUUUUUACUGAGGAAUGUGAUAAGGUUCGGGACCUGAUGCAUGUGCACUCGUUCAGCUAUGACUUCCACCUGCGUGUGGUCCACCAGUACCUGGUGGGCUGCCACAUGACACUACGCCAAGGCUACCAGCUCACCAGUUUCCUGGAGGACUUUAUAGCACAUCAUCCAGACAUCCCCAAAUUUGGCCGCAACCACGUCUUCCAAGGGAGCUUCUCCAUCUCCACGGACAUGAUAACCGCUCACCAGCUCUACAACUACAUCACUGACCACGCCAGCACCUACGGCAUGAAGCCCCUUCGAAUGUCCAAAGCUGCCGUUACCACUGACAGUAAGAAGGGGGCGCCAAGUAUGGACCUUCAUGAGUAUGCACUGGUGGCUCUAUGGAACAGCUCUGGCUCCUACAAGGAUCUGGAAGGCCUUCAUCACCAUGACGAUUUUGAUGUGUCCCUGCUGGUGUGCCAUAAUGCUGCUCCAUUUGAGGAGCAGUCAGAAGGGGAGAGGCAUUUACUGAGGCUUCAGUACUACGUGAUCAUGACCAGUCAGAGAGAGCUAUUUCCCCGGCUGACAGCGGACAUGCGACGCUUCAAGAAGCUCCCUCAGAUCCACCGUGAUCCAAACGAGCCCGGGGGCAGGCUUCCCUCAGACCGGGCAGAGAUGGAUGGGUUGAGGGAAACCGAGAACGACCUAUGGGAAGAAACGCCAUCUGCUGCUGUGACCACUUCGGCUCCAAAUGACAACAAUGAAUUCUACCCUCUGGUUGGGGCAGCAGGGAGUAGGGUAGAGGCCCAGGGACUACUCUACUCCUCACCUCUGUUCCCUCUGCUCAACAAUGAAGUGGCCUCGGCCCGUAGGCAGAUUCAGGCCAGUGUGGAGCAAGCCAUGGGCCACUGCCGCAGGGACAUUCUUUGGAGGAGGCUGUUCCAUGGAGAGCACAUGGCGCUGGACAAGCUGAAACUGAGCAAGUUGUCCUUCAGUGAAUUAGAGGAACUCCUUGAUGCUGUCCAGAGUCGCUCAGUAGGGGAGAUUGACCCUCAACUGGACUGUUUCCUGACAAUGAGUCCGAGCUGGUACCAGAGUCUGAUCAAGGUGCUGCUGAACCGCUUCCCUCAGAGCUGCCGACACUUUGAUGACAACGGCAUCCAGUACCUGGCAGUUCUUAACCAGAAGUUCACCGACUGCUUUGUCCUGGUCUUUCUGGACACUCAGGCUGGGAAAACGAGCCUUAAAGUUGUGUUUCGGGAGCCAUUGCCGCUGCAGCCCCAGCCGAGCGGCAGCCCUCCGCCCCAGCUGGUGUCCAUGUACCACCACCUGGAGUCUGUGAUCAACACCGCCUGCUAUAACCUGUGGACGGGGCUUUUGUAGGCUGAGUUUUCCUCCAUCCUCCUCAUCAUCCUUCAUCCUGAAGGAUGGAGUCAUCCUCCAGGAGUCACUUGACUCCUAGAGGAUGACUCCUCCAGGAGUCCAUUGUGACAACCCAUCACUGACUUGUGCACUGAGGACGGAUCAGGGUUCGUCGUCAAGACAACACAAAAGCAAGAAAUACUGGCAGGGGAAAGACGAGGAGAGAUGUUUCCCCCUGAAAAUGAAUCAUGUGUCUGAAAACUACAAGAAGAAGUUACCUCCCCGGAGCAUGUUGUUGAAGCACAUUAAGGUUUCUCUGUCUGCGUGUGUGCCCCCAUGAAUUUAAUCAUUACUUGAACACUUCUUUGAACACUGAAGACCUGACCUCUAGUUUGCCAUCAAUGGGUCACAACAAGCAUUUAAGCAUCCCAAAGGGUACUGGACUGACUGGGGCUUUUGUCCAUCUGUCUCAGCACAGCAGAGCAGACGUUCAGAGGAGCACCGUUCAGUAUCGUGCACCACACCAGUGUUAUUUAUGCAAUCUGCCAAUACAGUUAAUCUCUUUAGAAAAUGACUUUAAGGGCCUGACACACCAGGCCGACAUGUCGGGCCUUCGGUGCGCAUCUGUGACCCUAGUUUUUGCGGUAUAUUCUGCACUAGUCGGACCACUGUCGGCAGCUUUUUGGCCGAUUCAGCAUGUUGAAUC